AUGACGAUACCGGACGCGGCGGUGGUGAACUGGAACACGGCGGCGGCGCACCCGACGCUCGGAUCGACGUUCGAGUCGCUGUUGCGGCGAGGCGUCGUCGACGAAAGGUUGGCGGUGAUGUGUUUCUUCAUGAUUGAGCGGAGACGCGGGGAGGAGAGCGCGUGGAAAGAGUACAUAGACUCGUUGCCGCGCGCGUACGACGCGCCGCUGAGCUUUAGCGAUGAAGAGUUGGAGAGGGAGUUGUCGGGGACGACGGUGUACGCGCCGGUGAAGGCGCAAAAGGCACACGUGAAGAAGAUGUUUGAAGAGUGCGUGCGUCCGGCGAUGCGAGAGUUGACGCAGGCGGAUAACGCCGCGGGAUCGUCGUUGCACAUGCUGCCGGACGUGAGCGAGAAGGAGUUUGCGUGGGCGUUUCAGACGUUUUGGUCUCGCGCGCUGGCGAUUCCGGUCGGCGCCGGCGGUUCUGUGACCGUCGAUAGCGUGGUGCCGGGCGUGGACAUGGUCAAUCAUGCGCCGCGCGCGCGUGCGAACGCGAGAUGGGAACACGUGGAAGAUUCAUCGCGUCCGGAUGGUGGUUACGUCGCGCUCGUGUCGGCGCCGCCGAAUCGCACUAUGAAAGAUGGCGAAGAAAUUUUCAUCAAUUACGGCGACAAGUCCAACGAGGAGCUGUUGUUCACCUACGGCUUCGCGUUGAAAGAUAACGCCGUUGAAGAACGAAUGGUAUUCUUUCCGCCCUGGGCGGGCGACGCAGAGCAUUCGGAAGACGUCACGCGCCGGAUCGAACUCCUUCGUGCGAAGGGACUGCCGCAGCACGUCGUCUUGCCCACGACACCACCGAAGCGGGGCUUCAGAGACAUGGAUGCUACGGUCCAAGAAACGUUACGAAUUUGGUGCGCAGACGUUAAAGAUUUAGACUCUCGUCGCCGCGUCGACGACGCGACGCGACGAAAGAUUCACAACGUCUUACGCGCGUCCAUCGGCGCGCAAUCGCACGCACUACGCGAUGUCGAACGCGAGGUUGAUCACUCCAUCGCGAGCGCGAGAGAGAUCGCGUGCGAUGUCUACCGACGAGACAUUCGCCGUUUGUACGACAAUUACAUCGAAGCCGCCGCGCGCUGGGAGUCGUGA